AUGAAAUCGUUGCAAACCAAAUUCAAUAGAUUGGAGAAAUCAUUAAAAUCCGACCUGGAAAAGAAUCAACAACAAUUUAUACUUGAAUCAAACAAACUUUUGGAAGAGAGGUUAAAAAAAGAGUUUGAUGACAAGAUUGAAGCUCUAUACUCGUGCAAUGUCAUUGGAGAAUCGUAUAACUCGAUGGUAAUAGAGACAUAUAAUCAUAUGGCAGGAGUCAUUGAUUACUUUUUGAAACAUAUUUUAAUGGAUAGAGUGAAUGAAAAUAUUCAAUUUGUAAACGACUCGGAUCCAUGUGUAUCUCCAAAGCCCCUGAGAACAUGGAAAGGAGAUUUCGAACGUGAUUUUCUUGACCAAACCACUCAACAUAUUUCAAUAAUGAACUAUCUUGUUGAUCUAAAAGAUAUGGUUGACAACAUUUUGGAACCCUAUUGCGGUGUUAUCGACCCUGAAAAACCAAAUAUGUUUGACCGGCUCUGUUCUAGAAAUAAAAAUCUAAAUGAUUGA